AUGCGGGAAGAUGGAACAGUCCUUCCUCGACAAUUAACUGGACUUUGUAAGAAACAACAACUUAGAGUAGAAAGGUGUGUUAUGCAAGCACAUUGGUCUGGUCUUUUUCCCGAUAAAACUAUUCCCGAAUUUGAUAUGUCUGGAUAUAAAAGAUUUAAUAGAUAUUGGGAAGAUGAUAUGGAUAUGUAUAGGUUAUCACAAAAGAAGGAAAUAGGAACUUGGUACUACAUUAAACGUUAUAAUUCAAGAAAACAAUAA